CUGACUGGCUUGGUCAUCUCUUUUCUGCACUUCAAGGGAAAGGCAAGAUCUUGCACAAGGGACCCCCUGCGUCUGUCCCCUCCGGCUGGCUGGCUGAGGAAGAGUGCCAUGGGACCUCUCCACCUGUUUCUCCUGCUGCUGGUCACAGAGCUGUCCCAAGCCCUCAACACCACGGUGCUGCAGGGUGUGACCGGAGAGUCCCUGAGGGUGUCAUGUACUUAUGAUGCUGUAAAGCACUGGGGUCGACGCAAGGCCUGGUGUCGUCAGCUGAGUGAGGAGGGCCCGUGCCAGCGUGUGGUGAGCACACAUGGUGUGUGGCUGCUGGCCUUCCUGAGGAAGCGUAACGGGAGCACAGUCAUCGCAGAUGACACCCUUGCUGGAACCGUCACCAUCACUCUGAGGAAUCUCCAAGCCGGUGAUGCAGGCCUCUACCAGUGUCAGAGCCUCCGAGGCCGAGAGGCUGAGGUCCUGCAGAAGGUCCUGGUGGAGGUGCUGGAGGAUCCUCUAGAUGACCAAGAUGCUGGAGAUCUCUGGGUUCCGGAGGAGUCAGAGAGAUUCGAGGUUGCCCAAGUGGAACACAGCACCUCCAGGAGCCAAUCAGGAGAGACUUCCUUCCCACCCACUUCCGUUCUUCUCCUCCUGGCCUGUGUCCUCCUGAGCAAGCUUCUUACAGCCAGCAUCCUCUGGGCUGUGGCCAGGGCCAAGCAGAAGCAGGGGAUGCCUGUGGUCAGUGGGCCGGACUGUGGCCAAGAUGCUGGGCACCAACUUCAGAUCCUCACUGUAUCUGUUGCAGGACCCAGAGGUACGUGAGAGAAUUCCGAGUGGGAGGAGAAUUACAGCUUAAGUCCAGCCGGGAGCCAAUCCAGCCUGCAUACUCUCCCUCUGCCACCAAGACUUCUGUUUCUGCUUCUUUGCUUCAGAGGCCACCUCUGCCUAAAGCCCGCCUAUCCCAGGAGCAGGAAUACUGGUGUGCACAUCUUUGUUGAGUGAGGAAAACAGCUGGAUGGAUGAUUGCCUGUCAACUUCUAUGCUUUGGACAUUAAACAUUCUUACACACCAACUCAAGACUGCCUACUCUUUCUAGAUGGUUCUGUGUGGGUCCACAUUCUGCCCUGACCAUGGGCUUUGGACAUUAAACAUUGUCACACACAGCAACUCAGGACUGCCUACUCUUUCUAGAUGGUCUGUGUGGGUCCACGUUCUGCCCCGAUGAUGGGAUGUUGGGCACAGCUGCUGAGGAGGAGAAUUGCAGGGAGUGCUUGACUGCAUCUCCCUGUACUACUGCCGUCAGAUAUCGGGCUUUAGGGAAGUGAUGAGACACCACUCAGGGAGUGGAAAAAUGCAGUCUAAGAUGUGGCAGGGUGACGUUGGGGUUUCCUGACUCCUGGGAAUCCAGUCGCAACUGGGGUGCCACACAGAGGAAUUGGGAAUGAAGGAUCGGGGUGCAGGGGCCCUUGAUGAAGCUGGGACCAUUAGCUUAGCAGCAGUUGUCUGGAAGCGCAGAAAGUCCUUCUGUGGGAGAUUUAGGCAGUGGCUCUGUUGUCAAAGGCCUUCUCCAUGAUCCCCAUGGUGGUUCUCAAUGAAAGAGACAGCUCAUGUUUAUCCUUACCAUUUAUUGACUGUUCAUUUUGGAAAAUGGGUGCAUACCAACUCAUCAGGGUGGACCAGAGAUUAAAUACCCUUUGCAGGAAGGAAUGUCUGGGAAGGAAAGCUUACUGGCUAAACCUUCAGGGUCUCUAGGUAUCUCAUUAGCAUGGAGACCUCCAUUCAGGACUUCAUGACCAUCAUGAAGAAUGUGGACACAUGUUCCAGGCCAUGAAUCUAGUAGGGAACAGGGAGGCACCCAAGUGCGUGGGUCUCAGACCUGUUUUACCUUACUGAGUUUCCUGGCAUGGCCUACUGUCCCACAGUUUUGUGCUUCAUAAAGGGCUUCUUUCUCAGUGCUGGUAUUAAACUCAUGGUUUUGUGCAUGCUAGGCAUGAGCUUACCACUAAGCUUAUUCCCAGGGUAAGGCUAUAUGUCUGGAUGAGGAAAAGGGGGAAAAGGUAA